AUGCACGCAAAGUACUCUCAAAAACAACUCAAUGAGUACAGACAACGCCUGCUCUUUGAUCAAGCGAAUGCAAAAUUGCCCAAAUGCCGCCAGUGCGUUGGAGGACCUGCUGACGAGUUGACGUGCCACCGCUGUGACCUAACCAAGGGUCUAAAUUCUUUCACCAAGGUUCAACGCAGAAAGCCAGACACAGCGCUGUGCAAAGAUUGUCAGCAGGAGGUUGAUGAUGUGGAACCGAAUAUAGAAGAUGCUCUUGAAGAGCAGAGAAUCCUAGAAACGCAAACGAGUAUUGGAGCACACAGUCUGUACAAUUACGAUUCACUCCGUGGAUCGUUGCCACCAAUGAAUUCACACAUGGGAGGAUCCGACGCCAGAUCUAUCGUCACGCCCACUGGAAACCCAAACAGUGACUUACUACGUUUCAGCACCAGGUCUAGCAUUGCGGGCGACAACGAAGAUGGGGUGUGGACGGGCCAGCAUACCAGUGGGCACAAGGGCAAAGAUUCUGGGGAAGACAACUCCACACGACAACGAGCACCCUCUGUAGCAUCAUCGGCUAUCUCCACAGGCACGACCGGUACAGCGUGGGACAACAUUAUGAACGCUGGUCGACCCGAACAGAGUUACCGUACCCGCAUUGGGUCCACUAGAACCAAUCUCACCGCAGCGGAAAGUGCAUCAAAGCAGUCGGGAAACUGGGCUAAGCAAGGAGCCGCCAAGCCCGACCGAGGCGCACUUCGCGAGGCCGAAAAGCAAAGAGAGGCUCUGCGGAAAGUACAGGAGCAAGAACGUGCUCGUUACGAAGAAGAAGAAUCGAGCGGCAGUGAGUGGGAAUUGUGA